CGUGACGGAGUACUUUUGGGUAUUAAACAGCACCCUGCACUGCAAUUCGGCCUUGGAUUGGUUUCAAUUUUUUCUCAGUCACUGUUUGUCGUCCUAGGGCGCUUAGUAGCACGGCGUGUUUCUACAACUCAGGGCACGGUCCUUCUAACACCGUGGUUGUGUUAUGCUACCAAGCAAUUUUUACAUCAAAUGUUUCCAUACCUCAUCUUUGCACGAGGAUAAGAUUUUAUCAAAGGGAUAUACUAGAUAAGACUCUAACUUCUAUUUCCAUAAUAUAUCACUAUUGUUUUUUCUCUGGAGAUUAUUAUGAUUUCGUUAGGCCAGAAGUGUUGGCUUCGUUGCUUUUAAGUGCGACUUUUAAUAUGAUCCGGAAAGUGCCUUGUGUACACUGGUUGUGACAACACAUUGGUUGUGUUUUAUCAUCAAGACGGAAUUUAUACCGCUUUCUGAACAUCUGCAAUCAUGAAUACGGCUGUUACUGGUUUAGUUCACACGGACGCCAAGGAAAAUUCUGUGGGAUCAGGGUUGCAUGGUGCAACCAUCACUACAAAUAUACCCAUACUUAACUCUCUGCUGAAAAAAUGUAACUGUUUCGUAGUUCGUUGGUUUAUUCUACAAUUCUUCGCAACGAAAGGCGGAAAAUCAAAAACUGACCAUGAGUUUGACGAUCUUGAGAUGCAGGUGGUACGUUAUAAGCCAGAAGGGCUUGAUACGCUUUGUCGAAAUACCAAAUUCUCUCGGAAGGAGCUACAGAUAAUGUACAGAGGAUUUAAACAGGAAUGUCCGACAGGGAUAGUCAACGAAGAGACAUUCAAAGAAAUCUAUGCUCAGUUCUUUCCUCAGGGCGACUCCAGCGCGUAUGCACAUUAUGUCUUCAAUACGUUUGACCACGACAGGAAUGGAACCAUCAGCUUUGAGGAAUUUGUCAUGGGGCUAUCAGUAUUAUCUCGUGGGACUUUACAAGAACGUCUACAGUGGGCUUUUAGUCUGUACGACAUCAAUGGAGAUGGCAUCAUAACUAAGGAAGAAAUGAACGAUAUAGUAUCGGCUAUAUACGAAAUGAUGGGCAGAUUCUCAGAACCAACCGUAGACGAGACAACAGCGCGCGAUCAUGUCGACAGAGUAUUCCAGAAAAUGGAUUUAAAUAAAGACGGUGUCAUAUCAUUAGAAGAGUUUAUGGACACAUGUCGAAGGGACGAAAAUAUAACAAAAGGAAUGGCAAUAUUUGAUACUGUACUUUAGAUUAUUAAGAUACUUAUAUAAAUAAAAUGACAAUUUACAAUUGGCUGACAUACUGACCAGGUGUGGGGAAGCUGCCGCUCUGAGUGGAGAAUGAUGUGUAACUGGCAGAUAUACUGAGUGAGGAGUGGUGUUCCCUCGGAGUGUACAAUUCAAACAUUUUCACCUCAGUGGUGUGAAGUACAUAUAUCGAAAAAUAUAUCUGUGUGUACUUUGCACGCCAUAAUCAAACAGAUGGAAUGUUUCAUCAGAACAAAGCCCAAUUCUUUUUAUACGAUCUCGAAUGUUUGUCACUGAAUGGAUUUAAAUGAUUUGAUUACCUUUUGCAGAUGUUUGCAUAAUUUUUACAAUAAUGAUAACUUUUACUAACCACUGAAGUUGAUUGUGAAUGAUGGACAUUAUAGUGUCCAGCUAUGUUAUCUUGCCUCCCAUCGGCCAAGACCUAGUUACCGUCGGCUGACCGUUUAAGGUUGAAAGCUUGACCACGAUGGACUUCAGCAACACCUUUUUUCUGUGUUUUGUGAUUUAAUGUGUAAAUGGCGAUUUGUUUAUCACUUAUAGUAAAUGCACCAUAUGUUGAGCUUCCGAUUACACAAGUUACCAAAGAUAAAAAGUGUCACCGUAGUUGGGGAACAAAACCAAAACUUAUUAAAAUUACAUGUUCCUUUCUUUCUUUGGCUAAAUAAUAAAACUGAAAUAAUUUUUUCGGAAGAAAAUGUAAAAAAUAUGUGGAAUAUGAUAACAAAUUUGCAAAAAAGAAAAGAAAGGUUUCUUUAAGUUAUCGGAAUACAUGAGGUUUAUUCCUCUAUAAUUUAGCAGGUGCUUUUCUUUAACUAUGAAGUGCAAGCAUUAGUUUAUGCUUGAAAUGCCAACUGCGCCAUGACGUCACACUUAUUGCCAAACAUACAUAUAAGUAGAUAACCUAUUGUAAUUAUGUUUUAAUAUGACUCAACCUCCAAAACUUGUGUGCUGAAGCAUAUUGAUUUAUUGAAGCACGUAAUAUUGACACAAAUUAAUCAUUAGGACGUACAUGUGUAUGUUGAUUGUGCGUUGUGUCAUUUUGUUGUUUACGAGAUAGAAUGGAUUCGUAAGAGAAGAGACGGUUAUUAUUUGGUGCAGUGGGGUUUUUCACUCUCUACCAAUAAAAACCACGUGUUUGUUACAUACUUACAGACUCCGGUCUUUUUUUCCUUUUCAUCUUUACCUUUUUAAUGUUAAAAACAGCACUGUCUACAGUGGGAAAUAUAUCACUGUCUACAGUGUAAAAUAUAUGUCACUGUCCACUGUGUGAAAUACGUCACUGUUUACAGUGUUGUACGUCAUUGUAGAUUAUGGUGAUACAAUUGUUCUUGACUUUUUUGUUUUUUGUUUUAUUACAUCUUGUGACUAUUUGCCGGAUUUUGUAGGCAAAUGGAUGCGAUUACAAUGUUACUGUCUUCAUGAUAUAAACAUUCGAACCUUA